GGCGGCUGGUGAAUGUGGCUGACGAGCAGCGGUGGUUGGCGGAGGUGAACGUGCUAAGACCAUGAAGAUGUCAUCGGAAGUGGGGCAGGAGAGUGAAGAGAGCAGAGUCGAAACAAAAUGGGAGGCAGGAGAGAAGUGUCAGAGGGCAAUGGAAGAGGGAGAAUAGAGGGUUUACUAGUAUAUCCAGACACAACGGCACCACUGCAUCUUAAUCUCAUACGACCACAUAAGCAUCAUCCCCGCCAUCAUCGUCUCCACCAUCGAUAUAGCUAUCACUACCACCACCACCAUCCAUAAACUUCAACUCGGCCGAACUUCAACAAGCACACGGAAAGGCAAACCACGGACCAGUCGAUCCUCGGGUCCAACGGACAGACGAAUCCCAACCAUAACCACGCCGGCAAACUGAUGCAAUCAUAGCAUACGAAACGACGCUGCCAUGAGAAUACGAAAGCCCUUUGCCCUCGCAUUUCUGACCUUGUGCCUGAUCGCGGCCUACCUCGGUUUCUCCUCACUGCACCUCCCCGUCAACGACAAGUUCCUACACUUCGUCACAUUCCUGACCUUGACGGUAUGCUUCUACUGGAUUCUCGAUGCGAGCCGCCGUCGGGUAGUGAAUCUCACGAUGGGAGUCUGUACGCUGGUCGGCGGAGUCGGUAGCGAGUUCGUGCAGAGCGUGGCCACAAGCCGUGAAUUCGAUCCUCUAGACAUCGUCUCGAAUCUCCUCGGCUCCGGACUGGGGUUGCUGUUGUGCACCUGGUACCACCGGCGAAUGCUCGAGCGCAAGCGCCUCACCAAGCUCUACCAGCCAGUGUCGGCAGAAGACGACGUGGAGUUCGAGAACAACGGUGAAGAGCUACAAGAUCUCGAAGCAAGCGCACCAGCACGUGCAUUCACUGCCACACCACCAAUCCCCGACGAAACAAGGGAAGGAGGGAGCAAGGUACAUGCACUCGUAUGACGGGAAAGUGCACACCCGGGCCGGUACGCGUGGAAUGGAAGGGAAACGAACAGGUCAACCUUGCAUAGGUAUCGAGGCAGUUCUUUGCUUUGCUUUGCUUUGCUUUUCGUAGGAGGUCCACGGGACGAUUACUUGUUUGCAUCGAUUGAGCUCUGUGUGCCCCAUCUUUACUUUACCCCACCAUUUCUAUCCAAGCAUGUGGCAGACGUUGAAGGGGGGCAACUUGGAUCCUCGGCAUCUGGAUUCUGAGGGAAUGUCUGUGCGCGAGAUGUGUCAAGCGCCGACAAAGAAUGUAACCGUGCACAAUGACGAUGAAUAAGCUUGCGCUGCACUGGGAUUGGGAUGAACCUUUCGGCC